ACGUGCUGCUCCUAGCGUCCGCACCCUGCAAGCACAGCAGUCACCUUCCAACCUUUGCCUCUCUCGUCCGGUCGCACUUAUUUUUUCCCGGACGGAGAAGACCGUUUGUUCGUACGCCGAUUUCCAGCAUCUGAUGAGUUUUUCACCUUUCCAAACCCGAGAUUUUGCUGUCGCCACCAGCAUAAGAAUCUAUGGUCCAGCAGAGACACGCAGCUGGCCGCUCCACCGAGCCACAGAGGGCUGCCUUGCGUCUCGGUGAUGAGGCUGGUGGCGCACAGCCGUCACAGCAUUAAAGGAACCCCUCUUUAUCUGAAGAAACCGCCCAAUUAAGGUGCAAGACCGAGGGGGAGAGCUGCGGGAGCCGGUGCCGGUCGGGACGCUAUCAUUUCGCCAAGAAUGCAUCUCUUCAGUGCUAUGUUCCUUCUUGUGAUGUUAGCUGGCAUGCCCAGUGAGGCUCUUUACCCUAGUCCAGAGGAAGGCUGGCAAAUCUACAGCUCGGCGCAGGACGCAGAUGGAAAGUGCAUCUGUACCGUUGUUGCACCAGCCCAGAACAUGUGUAACCGGGACCCGCGCAGCCGGCAGCUCCGCCAGCUCAUGGAGAAGGUCCAGAACAUCAGCCAGUCAAUGGAAGUCCUGGACCUGCGGACCUACCGAGAUCUCCAGUAUGUGAGGAACACAGAGAGUCUAAUGAAAGUGGUCGAUGGAAAGCUGAAGGUGGCCUCCGAAAACCCCCGCAGCCUCAAUCCAAAGGGCUUUCAGGAGUUAAAAGACAAGGUAACCCAGCUGCUCCCCCUGCUGCCAGUGCUGGAACAGUACAAGGCUGAUGCCAAGAUGAUCCUGCGUCUCCGGGAGGAGGUGAGGAAUUUAUCCUUGGUGCUCAUGACCAUCCAGGAGGAGAUGGGGGCCUACGACUAUGAGGAGCUGCGUCAGAGAGUCCUUCUACUGGAAACCCGGCUUCACUCCUGCAUGCAGAAAUUAGGCUGCGGCAAACUCACUGGUGUGAGUAAUCCCAUCACAGUGCGUGCGUCAGGGUCAAGGUUUGGCUCGUGGAUGACAGACACCAUGAUACCCAGCUCAGACAACAGGGUAUGGUCCAUGGAUGGCUACUUCAAGGGGCGUCGUGUCCUGGAGUACCGCACGAUGAAUGAUUUCAUGAAGGGCCAGAACUUCGUGCAGCACUUGCUGCCGCACCCCUGGGCUGGCACUGGUCACGUGGUCUACAAUGGCUCGCUGUACUACAACAAGUACCAGAGCAACAUUAUUAUCAAGUACCACUUCCGUUCUCGAAGUGUGCUGGUGCAGCGCAGCCUGAGCGGGGCCGGCUACAACAACACCUUCCCGUACUCCUGGGGCGGCUCCUCUGAUAUCGACCUGAUGGCGGACGAGAACGGCUUGUGGGCGGUUUACACCACCAUACCCAAUGCUGGGAACAUUGUCAUCAGCCGCCUGGAGCCCCAGAGUCUGGAGGUGCUGCAAACCUGGGACACAGGCUUUCCCAAGCGCAGCGCUGGAGAGUCUUUCAUGAUUUGUGGCAUACUUUAUGUCACCAACUCCCAUCUUGCUGGUGCUAAGAUCUACUUUGCCUACUACACCAAUACAUCAAGCUAUGAGUACACAGAUAUCCCAUUCCACAAUCAGUACUCCCACAUCUCAAUGAUGGAUUACAACCCCAGGGAGAGGGUUCUGUACACCUGGAACAACGGACACCAGGUGCUUUACAAUGUCACACUCUUUCAGGUUAUAAAGACUUCUGGGGACUGAGGGCCUGAAGAACUGACCCAGUCAAAUCAUGCUGUGAUAACGGUUCAAGAGGGACAACGGAGGUGGAUAUAUGCUGUAGCAGGUGUUGGUUGUGAGCCUGAAUGCAUGGACAUAGGCUUGGAUUUUUUAAAACGUAUUUCAAUCUUCAUAGAGUGCUAUUAUUCACAUUCUCCAAAAAAAAAAAAGAAAAAGAAAAUAAUGGCAGCAGGUUUGGUGAAGAGACAAAGACUGAACGCUUCUUUCAUUUCGUUCUGUGAUGAGUAAGCAUGGUUAUUUUUAUUUGUGAUGACAAAUAAACAUCCUCUUUACCAUUUAA